ACAAUCCAAACAAAAACCAAUUCUUUGUUUUCUAAAUGGUGAGAAAUUCGAUGAAGGCUGAGUACGAUCUUGAUCAUCUUCCUCAUCAAAGCUUCUAUGGAGAUAAUUCAAGAACUUUGGUUCCUAUGAACAAGAACUCCCAAAUAAUCACCAAGAUCAAGCCUAAGAUUCGUAUCAUCCAUAUAUUUGCGCCGGAGAUUAUCAAUACUGACGUCAAGAACUUCCGUACACUCGUCCAAAGUCUAACCGGAAAACCGGAGAUCGCCAAAACGGGUUCUAGGAAAAAGACAGCGAGAACAAAUAUUCCUGCGCCACCGCCUCCACUUCAAGAAUCCAGCCAAGAACAUACGGCAGAGCCGGUCAACAGUUUUUUAGGGAGCCACGUGGUGAAGGAAGAAUGGGGAUCAUGUUCAAACACAAACACUUACUUUGAUUUAGACGGUUUGAUUGAUCUUGACGAAGAGGACAACAUGUUCUCAAGUCGAUGGUUUGAUCUUCAAGAGUAACUAAACUAGUCACACUUUGCCCUAAUAUAGGGCCUCUACUAAAACGUCCUAUUGGUUCUAAUGAUUUAAUCAUUCGUUCUAUUUGGGAUGCAACACGACAUUGCUCAUUGUGAUACACGAGGUUGACGACGAUCAUCAUAUAAGUAGUGGGUAGAUACAUAGUUUGCAUAGAUAUACACAUGUUGUGAUUAUUUUGCGCUCUUUGAAUUUGUAGACUGACUUUGAUAAACUCGUGUAACAGUGUAACACGUUGUAUUCACGCGA